GAGUGAAAUAAAAAUUGGAACAACUUCGAGACUGGAGUUUCUGAGUCCGAGUCGCGACCAAAGCCAAGGCGAUCCAAGCGGCAGACAGCAUGAGACUCACGUUGGCCUGGCUCAGCGUCUGCCUGGCGAUUUAUUGCGGUGGUGGCCAUGGCCAUGGCAAUGUGGUCCUAUCUUUGCCACCAUCGCUUAUCGCCACGGCAACGAAGGCGGCCUUGAGCCACCAACGGCAGCAGCAGCAGCAGCAGCAGCAUCAGCAGAAAAAGGAUGCACGCGUCCUGUUUGACAGCCCCGCCGAUGCACUGCGCGAUAUGCUGCACAACGGCAACGGAGCAAUGGAUUCAGGAAAAUUCAGCCUUCCCGAUGUGGAGCAGCCGGCACCGCAGCAGUCUGAGGAUUUUAAUCGAAACGCAGAUGAUUUAGGGGCCAGGCAAUCAGCGCCGCAGGAAAUUGCAAUGGGAAUGGGACUCGGCAUGGGGAUGGGAAUGGGAAUGGGACUAUCGCCCAACCACUAUCGGGCCACGCCCCCUCACCGGUAUUGGGGCAAUCGUUGCCAGGGUCGAUCCGGAGCAUCCACCAAAUGUCCGCAGGAGUACUAUCGCACCAUGCUGGCGGCCAGGAACAAAGAGGCCCUGGCCCGCCUUCACUUGCAGCUAAGUUCAAUGCAGGAUUCUGAAUCCGACUCUGAGGCUCAGAGCUCCUCGGAUUCCUCGGAGGAGGAAGUCGACGACGAGGAGCAGAGCAACAAUGAAGUCUUUAUGCUGCUGACUGGCGAACAGGAUCUCAUCAAGUUCCUGCACUGGGCCAUGCAGCUCCUCUACCCCAUUCAGCGUCCUCUGGGCAAUCUGAGUGAUGGGGCUGCCGAGAACUAUCAUCCUGGGAUGUUCCUGUGGAAGAAGCUGAACCUGUCGGGUCAUCUGGAACCACCGCUAAUUGUGGACGAACCUCAAUAUGUGCUGGUGAGAAGGGAAAAGCUCUUCGAUGGCUAUCAACUUGGAGAAGAUGUGAGCAAGGAGAACGAUCCUUUCAUUCCACCCCGAGGUCGCAAGCACAACUCGCCGGAUCUGGAGGUCCUGAUGAACCGAUACGAACCCUUUGUCCCGAAUCGCGGCAAACGCGACAAGGUCAAGGAUCUGUUCAAGUAUGACGACCUUUUCUAUCCGCACCGCGGCAAGAAGCACCGCAACCUCUUCCAAGUGGACGACGAUCCCUUCUUCGCCACCCGGGGCAAGAAGCUGCAGCUCCGGGAUCUUUACAACAGCGACGAUCCAUUCGUUCCGAAUCGCGGCAAGCGGCACUUGACAGCCUUCGGUGGCGGGAAAUUCGGGGAGCGGGAACGGGUGGCGGGUGGAAAAUGGUCGGAUGACAGCGACAACAACUGGCCGCAAAGAAUGUCAACGCAUAAAAUUAAUGGUUACGAUCAAUCAGUCAGGCCAUCACUGUCAAUGGAGGAUGCUGCUGCCUUAGCCGCUUCUUGGCGACUGCCCGCUAAUAGAUUGCACUCGACAAGAUCAAUGUCAGCCGAUCUGCAGCAGCAGCAAUUGCUGUUGCCCCAUGUCCGCUUCAUUGGCAGUCCGAACAUGCGCCAGCAGCAGGUGAAAACAUCAUCCUGGCCAGGAGAGGAGCGCCUCCGGAGAUCCAUCCCCACCCCAGGCAAACACGGCGAACACGACGGACAAAACGAUGCCCACGAGACACAAUUAACGCAAUCGCACCCGGCUAAUCCACAUUUGGACACUGAUUCGGACAUCUUGAACAUUUAAAUGCGGCGAGCGAGCUUCGGUUUCGGUUUUGGUUUCGGCCUUUUCGGUUUUUCAGUUUUCAGUUUCGGCUUGGGGCACCUUUUUCCUCGACUCAUGUAGACAGAACUAUAUGGCACACAAUAAAGUACAGCAUGCAAUUGAUUU